AUGCCAUCCAAUCUACCAAAUCUACGACGACUCUUCGUGGAGGCGCGUGCGGAAGUCGAGGAAAGCGCGUAUUCGCGUAACGCCUUUUACAACUUGGUACUAUUCAUGUCCUCGGUCGCCAUCUUCAGCCUGGCGGCGCAGAGGAUGAAUGGUCAGCGAUACAUGCCCUAG